AUCAGCUGCUUCCUCGAUUCAUCCCACGCCAGUGUUUGUGUCGGCGAAACCAGUUAACGUAGCUACCUCGACUCCGGCGGCAGGUUGUCUUCUGAGGAAAACAAAGCCCGUUUCUUCGUAUAACAUUUCUUAUUUAUCCUGUUUACGGAGUAUGUUUUUUAGGUGUCCGUUUUCUGACCGGUUUUCUAUGGAAGAACAAGGCAACGAGAUUAGAGUUGAAAGUAAUUUCAACCAGAGGGACGCCUUUAGAGAAUCUUGACUUUUCUGGAACCAUUGCCCGGGGUUUCCUGAGUGAAGAUCUGGGUAGAGUUCACCUAUCUUGUUUUCACUUCAUUGGGCUUCGACAUCCUUCGUCCUUCUCCAUCUACACAUUCCUGUCACCUUGAGAAGCGCAAAAAUGGUUGGCUUUAGACCUGCUGAUGUGCCUCCAACGGCUGCUGUGAAGUUUAUUGGCGCCGGAACUGCAGCCUGCAUCGCUGACCUUGUCACCUUUCCUUUAGACACUGCCAAAGUCAGGCUCCAGAUUCAAGGGGAGUCCAGUGGUACUGCGAAAGCGAGUCAUGCUCAAGCCGUGAAGUACCGCGGCGUGUUUGGCACCAUCACCACCAUGGUGCGCACGGAGGGGCCGCGGAGUCUCUACAAUGGGCUUGUGGCUGGACUGCAGCGCCAGAUGAGCUUCGCUUCGGUCCGCAUCGGCCUGUAUGACUCGGUCAAGCAGUUCUACACCAAAGGCUCAGAACAUGUUGGGAUUGGCAGCCGCCUGCUGGCAGGCUGUACCACCGGAGCGAUGGCAGUGGCCUUGGCCCAACCCACGGAUGUGGUCAAGGUCCGUUUUCAAGCUCAGGUUAGCGCUUGUGCAGCUAACAAACGCUACCAGGGCACCAUGGAUGCUUAUCGGACCAUUGCUAAGGAGGAGGGGGUCCGUGGCCUGUGGAAAGGAACUGGACCAAACGUUGCCCGCAAUGCCAUUGUAAACUGUACUGAACUGGUGACCUAUGACAUCAUUAAGGACACUCUUCUGCGAUCUACACCCAUGACUGAUGAUCUUCCAUGCCACUUCACAUCUGCCUUUGGUGCUGGUUUCUGCACCACAGUCAUUGCUUCUCCAGUGGAUGUCGUGAAAACAAGAUACAUGAACUCUGCCCAAGGCCAGUACAGCAGUGCCCUGAACUGUGCUGUGGCCAUGCUGACCAAAGAGGGACCUAUGGCCUUCUACAAAGGAUUCAUGCCUUCUUUCCUGAGGCUGGGCUCUUGGAAUGUGGUGAUGUUCGUCACAUAUGAGCAGCUGAAACGUGCCAUGAUGGCAGCUCGCCAUAAUAUGGCUAGUCCUCUUUAGGAAAAAAGAAGACUUAUUCUUCUCCUCUUUAGUCCUGGCUAUUGCUAUUAGGGGUGCUAUUCUGUUUUUGCUUUAGUU